AUGCUGAUGAUCAGUCGUCUUGCAUCAAUCGUCGAUGAGCCGAUAUUUGACUAUGUGAUUGUCGGUGGUGGUACCGCAGGCACUGUACUUGCCAAUCGCCUGUCUGAGAACAGUUCUGUUUCGGUCGCUUUGAUCGAGGCCGGUGGAUCGGCUCUCGACAACCCUUUGGCCAGGACCAUUUACGGGAAUUGUCCGGCUUGCGAUACUCCACUGGACUGGAAUUACACUACAAUUCCUCAAAGGUAUCUCAAUGACAGUGUGAAGCCUUAUCACGCUGGCAGAUGUCUCGGCGGGACAAGUGAUCUCAACGGAUGGACUUACCUACGCCCUGCGAUGGCAGAACUUUCGUCAUGGCAAGCUGUAGGUAACCCGAGUUGGUCGUGGGAGUCGCUCCUCCAUUACUUCCGCAAGAGCGAGAAUUUACAAAUUCCACCUGCAAUUCAACAGGAUCAAGGUGCAACCUAUAUUACCAAGUUCCACGGCUUCGACGGCCCUCUCGACAUAGCUUGGCCUCCACGUAUGGAUGUUGGCAGUUUUGGCAGAGCUCUCAACCAGACAUGGCAAUCGCUUGGCCUAGAGUGGAAUCGCGAUGCGAACUCUGGAUUACCACGCGGUCUGUUCUUGAAGCCUUCGGAGUACAAUCUUCGAGAGGGAGGUAUUCGCGAGGAUGCUAAUAGAGCUUAUUUGGCGCCAAUUGCAAACAGGACUAAUCUCAAAAUCUUCACACAUACUACCGCAACGAAAGUCAGAUUGGAGCAUCGCAUGAAAUCUGGAGACGUGGUAGCGACGGGAGUUGACACCAUCACUGCCUCUGGCGAAAACCAGACAAUACUCGCAGAUCGUGAGAUUGUCCUCUCGCUCGGCACCUGGCGGACCCCAACUCUGCUAGAAGCCUCGGGCAUAGGUAACUCUAGAAUUUUAACCAAUGCCUCCCUUCCAGUCAAGGUGAAUCUCCCAGGUGUAGGAUACCACUUGCAAGAUCAAAUCGGGUCCUUUCUUGUCUUCAACUCAACAGGCAACGACAAUUCCACAGACGACUUGACCAACAUACCCACCUAUGCUUUUAUAAAUGCACAAGACCUCUUUGGCAAUAACACGAUGAGCAUUGAAGCCGAAUUACGUCGCAGUAUUCCCGAAUAUGCCGCGAAGAUAGCAGCAGAAAGCAACGGCGCAACAACCACCUGCACAGAGAUGCAACGCUUGAGUGCUCGAGUGGACUUGAUAUUCGACAAGAACGUGCCCAUUGCGGAGUUGAUUCUCAAUCCCAGCUUCGUCAGUUUUUGGCAAACAUUGCCUUUUUCCAUUGGCUCAGUACAUCUUUCGCCUCAACACCCUUCGCGACCUCUAAUCAAUCCAAACUAUUUCCAAUUCGAUUUCGACUUUCGCAUCCAAGUCGCACUCGUCGAGUUUUGCAGGCGACUGUACUCUAGUCCUCCGUUGUCCAAUCUCCACAGCCUCGGUGAGAUUUCUCCUGGUUAUUCGGUCUUACCACUCAAUGCUACAGAUGACCAAUAUCGUGCCUUCUUGAACUCUUCAGGAGCGCCUAUAUGGCAUGGAGUCGGCACAGCAGCUAUGAUGAGCAGAGAGCUGGGUGGUGUGACCGAUUCUCAGAUGAGAGUUUAUGGGACAAGUAACCUGCGUGUUGUUGAUGCGAGUGCGAUUCCAUUUGAGGUCAAUGGACACCCAACGAGUACGAUUUAUGCGAUGGCUGAGAAAGCAGCGGACUUGAUCAGAAUGCAUUGGAAGUGA